AUGUGUAAUGAUUGUGGGAAGAGCUUCAGUGACAGCUCCCACCUGAUCCGACACCAGCACAUCCACACCGGGGAACAGCCCUACACGUGUGGGGAAUGUGGGAAGAGCUUCAGGGACAGCUCCCACCUCCACAACCACCAGCUCAUCCACACUAGGGAACGGCCCUACAAGUGCUUGGAAUGUGGGAAGAGGUUUCAGACCAGCUCACAUCUCCUCCAGCACCAGCGGACACACACGGAUGAGAGGCCCUUCUGCUGCACCGACUGUGGGAAGGGCUUCAACCGGAACUCCACCCUCAUCACCCACCGGCGCAUCCACACCGGGGAGAGGCCCUACAAGUGUGGGGAGUGUGGGAAGAGCUUCCCCCACAGCUCUACCUUGACCAAACACCAACGGACCCACCGGUAA